CCUCCAUUGCCCUUGUACUGUAAUUUGUAUCCAAGAGAGAAAUUAAACACUGUGAUUAGCUGAGUUGCAGGGAAUUGAAGGAAUGGCAGCUGAAGUUGUGCUUACUUUUGCUGCGGAGGGAAUACUGAAGAAGGUGCUUUCACUUGCUCAGAAAGAAUUCAAAUUUGCAUGGGGUUUCAAAGCUGAACUCGAAAAGCUUAAAGAGUCAUUCACUAAAAUUGAACUUUUGUUGAAUAGUGUUGCCGACAAACCACAAGAUCCGCCAAUAGAGGCAUGGGUGAAGAAACUCAAAGACGUGGCUCAUGAUGCUGAGGAUGUCUUGGAUGAACUCGAGUACGAAGGUUAUCGGCGUAAAGUCGAAAUCCAAAACCAUAUGAAGAAAAAGGUUCUUAACUUCUUUUCACUCUCCAAUCCACUUGCAUUUCGUCUUCAAAUGGCGCCUAAAUUUCAGAAGAUCAAUGCAUCCUUGGUGGAUCUCAAGAGUGAAGCAUCUCUUCUUGGACUAGUUUCCAAGAAUAAAGAUGCAACCUCUCAGGGGAUUAGAUGGGACAGACAAACCAACUCACUCAUUGGCAAAGAUGAAAAAACUUUUGGAAGGGGGAAGGCUGUGUCAAAUAUAGUCACAAACUUGACCAACUCCAAAAACAACCAAGAAAAUCUUGCGGUUAUGGCCAUUGUGGGAAUGGGAGGCCUCGGAAAAACAACUUUGGCCAAGUCAGUAUACAACGAGGAUUCGAUACACAAAUUUUUUGAAAAGAGAAUAUGGGUUUGUGUAUCCAACACUUUCGACGUCACUCUCAUUCUUCAUCGGAUGUUAGAAUCUCUUACCUUGACAAAUGCCUCUUCAAAAGAUAAUCAGGAUGCAAUUCUUAAAAAACUGCAAGAAGAGUUGAAAGAUAAAAGAUACUUGCUCGUACUUGAUGACGUUUGGAAUGAAGAUGCCAGAAAUUGGGAGUAUUUGAUGGAAUGUUUGUCAAAGCUUAAUUCUGCUGGAGGAUCUAAAAUUAUUGUCACUACUCGAAGUGGCAAAGUUGCAUCAAUCUCAGAAAAGCUACUUCCGCGACAUGAAUUGGGAAAACUUUCUGUGGAUGAAUGUUGGUCCAUCAUGAAAGAUAGAGCUUUUCCCGAUAGUAGUGCCCUUGAGUUCGAUAGCAGUGCUCCUGAGUUCGAGGCAAUUGGAAAAGAGAUUGCUAAAAAUUGUGGUGGUAUUCCAUUAAUGGCAAAGGUUUUGGGAGGCAUUUUGCACAAUAAAAAGAGUACUCAAGAAUGGUCGUCAUUUAAAAACAGUAGAAUAUGGAACAACCAUUCAAAAGAAGAAGAUAGAAUUAUGUCAAUUCUGAGGUUGAGUUUUGACAACUUAGAAUCACCAUCAUUGAAGCAAUGUUUUGCAUAUUGCUCAAUGUUCGAGAAAGAUGCUGAAAUUCAAAGAGACAACUUGAUUCAACUUUGGAUGGCUCAAGGAUUACUCCGUUCUUCACUCGGUGGAAGUAAAGAUAUGGAGGACAUUGGCAAUGAAUAUUUUGAUAUUCUAUUGCAGAGCUCCUUAUUUCAAGAUGCUACAAUUAGUGACAAUGGCAUAGUUAGUGAAUGCAAGAUGCAUGAUCUUGUGCACGAUCUUGCGGAACAUCUAUCUGAAUCUGAAGGCUUGACGAGAGAUUUAUGUGGCGUAGAUAAUACACAUGAGAUUCGACAUGUUGCUCGGGCUUCUACUUCUACACUGGAAAAAAUUCCAGAAAGAAGUGCUAGGAAAUUGUGGUCACUAUUUUCCGAUAACGGUGAAGUUCCUACUAACAUUCUUCCACGGUUCAAAGCUUUACGAGUCUUGAAUUUAAGUAAAGCUAAUAUUGAAGAAUUUCCAGUUUUGGUUGGAAGGUUGAAACACUUGAGGUAUCUUGACAUUUCUGGUACAAGAUUCAAAGCACUCCCCAAAUCUAUAGGCAAGCUCUAUAACCUUCAGACAUUAAGAGCAAAGAAUUGUACCCUUAAGGAGUUUCCAAAAGAACUGCAAAACUUGAUCAACCUGAGACAUAUUUAUUUUGAUUGGAAUAUCAAAUUCCCACAAGGGAUAGGGCGGCUGACUUGCCUUCGAACAUUACCUUACUUUUCAGUGGGUAAUGAGAUUGGUCGCCGAAUUGAAGAGUUGGCUGGCUUGAAACAAUUGAAGGGUGAAUUAAUUGUUUCUAAUUUGCAGCUUGUAAAGAAUGGAGAAGAAGCAAAGAAAGCAAAGUUAGAGGAUAAGACGAAAAUACGCCAUUUAAGCUUCAAUUGGACAGAAGAUAGGUCAACAACAGACAACAACGAGGACGAAGAUGUCCUAGAAGGCCUCCGACCACAUCUUGAGUUGGAGAGCUUAAGUAUUGCAAACUUCAUGGGCAACAAGUUUCCAACGUGGAUGAUGAGUGGGUCAUUAAUGCCCAACAAAUUGAAGAAGAUUGAGUUACUUGGAUGCGACAAAUGUGAAGGAGUGCCGCCGCUCGGUCAUCUACCCAGUCUUACGGAGCUUAAGAUUAGAGGAAUGGCUAACUUGAAAUGUGUUGGUGCUGAGUUCUAUGGUUAUGAUCUUGUCCACAAUGUAGCCACGACAAGUAAGGAGGUAAUUACUUUAUUUCCAGCGCUAAAAGUAUUAUAUAUUUCUAAGUGUGGUGAUCUAAAUGAAUGGAAGCAAGCACCGACAACGUCAAGAAAAAAAGUUGUGGUUUUUCCUAGUCUCGAGAUGUUGACCAUUGAAGAUUGUUCCAAAUUAAGAAAUGCUCCGAGUCAUUUUCCAUUUCUCCAAAAGUUGGAGAUGUCUUCUUGUGAUAGCAGAACGCCAAUAGAAGAAAUAAGCAGUGGAUUAACAACUCUCACUUUCCUCAAAAUAAAAGGUAUUAAGGAGCUUACUUGUUUGCCGCAAGGGAUUUUGAAGAAGAAUAAUAAACUCUCAUCUUUGGAUAUAAGUGAUUGCAAUGAUUUAACUUGUAUUACCCAAGAUGUAGUCGGUUCUUGCAGUUCUCUUGAAAGAUUGUGUAUUUGGAGUUGCAAAAAGCUGAGGUAUUUGCCAAAUGGGCUAGACACGCUCCCGCUCCUUGAGGUAUUGGAAAUAUCAGAAUGUCCUAGUCUAGAGUUUAUUCCAAUUACACAGAGCAUGGCAUCUCUACAAGAAAUAAAAAUUGUAGAUUGUGGACGAUUGUCACGCUUGCCGAGUGGGUUGAAGAACUGCACCUCUCUCCAGAAACUGAGUAUACAGAAAUGCAAUGGAUUAUCAGGCCCAUUGAGUUUAUGGGCCUCUCUCGUGGAAUUGAGUAUAUGGAGUUGCGAUAAUCUGACAUCAAUUGAAAUGAAAGGCAGCAUGUCCCUCACCGCCUCUCUUCAGAAAUUGACGAUUUGGGAUUGCCGUGAAUUGACAAGCUUACCUGCUCUUCCACAACAAUGUCCCUCUCUUCAAGAAUUGAUGAUAAAUGAUUGCCCAAAGCUAUCAUGGUUUGGUGUCAAAAGUAGGAGAGUUGAGGAGGAGUGCAUUAGUCUUGGACAACUGUGGAUAUGGAGUUGCCCAAAGCUAGCGUCCUUUUGUGCCCAAAAUAGCAGAAUUGACGAGGAGUGCAUUAGUCUACAAUCUACUUCAGACUUGCGCACCAUGACCUCCCUUCGACAACUAGAGAUUUCCUAUUGUGAAAGAUUAGAAAGUUGGGUGAGCAGCCUGCAAUUCCCACUCUCUCUUGAGACGCUGUCAAUAGUCAAAAUCCCUAAUUUACAGAUUCUUCCAAGUUUAGACCACCUUAAUUCUCUCAGGUAUUUGGAAAUCGGUGGGUUCUGGGAGGAGCUCGAUUCCUUCCCUGAUUUUCAAGUUGGAUCAUUAAUGCAUCUUGAAUGUUUAAGGUUGUCUGGUUGGCCUAAGCUCAAGUCUCUGCCUCAACAAAUUCAACACCUCACUUCUCUAUCAUAUUUGAUUAUAGUUAACUUUGAGGGAGUGGAGACUUUGCCAGAAUGGUUGGGUAGCCUUACAUCCCUUACGGACCUUCUCAUUUUUCAUUGCAAGAAUCUGAUGAAUUUACCAAGUGUCCAAGCUAUGCAACGCCUCACCAAAUUACAAAUUCUCCGUAUAGUUAGAUGUCAUCCCCUUUUAGUGGAAAGAUGCAGGAGGGGCAGCGGCACAGAUUGGCCUAAGAUUUCCCACAUUCCAGAUAUCAUGAUCGGAAACUUCUGAGACAACAGUUGGAUUGAAGCUAUGUAACGCCUUGCGAUACUUCAACAAAUGUGUAUUGGGAAAACCAAAUUUCAUGGUGUGCAAGGCCACACUUCUCCGAGAUUACUUGUAUUCCAGUUUUGUGUACAAACGACUCCAAAUGGCUCAAACUUUCGCAUUGAAAUCAAGUCAUGUAAAAGAAUCUUCAAUUACUCGAGAUAAUUUUCAAGCCUGCAAUUCCCACUCUCUCUUGAGACGCUGACAAUAAGAAACAUCCCGAAUUUAGAGUCUUCCAAGUUUAGACAGCCUCCAUUCUCUCUGUCAUUUGGAAAUCGGUGGCUUCUGGGAGGAGCUUGAUUCCUUUCUUGAUUUUCAUGUUGGAUCAUUAAUGCAUCUGACAAGGUUAGCCUUGUAUGGUUGGCCUAAGCUCAAGUCUCUGCCUCAACAAAUUCAACACCUCACUUCUAACAUUUUUGGAGAUAUAUUAAUUUGAUAGAGUGGAGACAUUACCAGAAUGGUUGGGUAACCUUACCUACCUUACAGAGCUGGACAUUCAAGAUUGCAAGAAUUUGAUGAAUUUACCUAGUGUCCAAGCUAUGCAACGCCUCACCAACUUACAUACUCUGACUAUUUAUGAAUGUCAUCCCCUUCUAAAGCAAAGAUGCAUCAGGGACAGCGGCAUAGAUUGACCUAAGAUUCUCACAUUCCACUUAUCCCAAGUAUGUUUUAAAAUUAUUGAAGUCAAAUUACAAAGCUCACGUUAUAGGUUUAUAUCUUUUGUUCUUUUAUUCUGUGUCUUCACUAUUACUACACAAAAAUUCAAAGUACGUGGUAUAACAGAAUUUGUUUAUCCUUCUCCUUUUUAAGUCACACAGCAGUUGAAUCGAUGGUAGGCAGCACCUUACCAAAUUUCAUGGUGUGCAAGGCCACAGUUCUCCAAGAUUACUACCAUUCCAGUUGUAUGUACAAAUGACUCCACAUGGCUCCAACUUCUGCAUUGAAAUUGAUCGAGUGGCACGCUCGGUAUGUGUCAACUCGAGAAACCAUGCAAGUAGCUUUGAUCCAAUAUCACUUCAACUCCGCAUGUUGAUUAAACAGUGGAUAAGUAGCUUUUAUGUUGUGCUUAAGUGUUAGGCCCAUUAUGAUAUGACGGUGGGAGAUUUAAGAGCCCUUGAUUUUUGGGUCUCACUAAGACCUCUAUAAAGGGGUCGAAUACCCUAAACAAUCGAAUCCACGAGACAAAAACUACAUCACACCAUUUUAGAUAUGUCUUG